AUGGCGCGUCCAAUUCUUCCGAUCACGACCCCGCCCGGAGGUUCCCCUCUGGAUCAGUGGACGAAGCGGUUCCGCGAAGCCGAGCGGCUCGUGGACGACGUCGUCGAGCGGAUCGCCGAGAGGGAGUCCGUGCCGCCGUCGUUGCCGCGAGAGCUGCAGCGACGGACCGCUGAGAUCCGCAGGAAGCUGACCAUCCUCGGGACCAGGCUCGACAUGCUGCAGGAGGACUUGUCCGAUCUCGCGGAAAAGCAAAACAUAAACUUGAAACAGUUGUGCAAGCUAGCCGAGAAGCUCUCCGCUCUGAGCUCCAAGGCGAAGAAGGCGGGUGGGCAGUUCACAUUGAAGUACUCCUCGGACAGGAAUGACUUGUGUGGAUCGAGCGAAAAAUGCGCAAAGAUAGAUAUAAAGAGCACUGCCGACAUGGACAACCGUGAGAUGGUCGACUUGCAGAGGAAGGUCAUGAAAGAGCAAGAUGAGAAAUUGGACAUUCUGGAGGAGACAAUAGCCAGCACAAAACACAUUGCACUGGCGAUUAACGAGGAGAUGGAUCUGCAUACUAGGCUAAUUGAGACCUUGGACGUGGGGGUCGAAGAUACAAGCAACCAGCUACAGCGUGCACAAAAGAGGCUGAAAUAUCUGAACACGCGCAUGAGGAAAGGCUGUUCAUGCUGGGGCCUCGUCUUGUCGGUCACUGCCGUUGUAAUCUGCGUUGCAGUAAUCUGGGCGCUAAUAAUGAUCAAACAUUAGUGGCAGAAAGAUCUUAAAAUAAGUUAUGUAGUCAUAAAGUUUCAGAUUUGUACUGUCCAAUAGACAUAUUUUCUAGGUUGCUCAAACAUUAC